UGAUCGCGUCGCUUUGUUUACGUCCUGUCGUAGUUGUAGGAGCUGUCAGAAGAUUAUCACAUCAUAGUUGUAUAAAUUACUCGUUCUCUUGGUUUAACUUAUGAUGCCACAUUGAAGAUGAGUGUCCGUUUAAAAAGAAACCCUGAGCCCAUUUGGACGAAUCGAGAAGUCGAGCAAUUUUGGGCUAUUUUAGAACCAUAUAUACGACAGCUGAUAAGCGGCGAAAUUCCGACUUUGCUCGAUGAUUUUCAAUUUCUUAAAGAAGAAAUCACUGACACAAGCUAUGACAGAAAGAUAUUUUACCAGAAUAUACACGAUAACAUGUGGCAUGGCAGAUAUAGUUCAGCAGUGGCCAAUCUAAAGGCGUUCAGAAGAUUUUCACAACCUGACUCCUGUGGCGAGCCCAGCACGUUGCGAAAUAAGAAUGAAACCUCGGACUUAGUCUUAGAAGAACUUAAAAAGAUAUUUAUUCAGAGACCUUUAAUGAAGUAAGUAUUCUAAUAGAAAAAUUAUUGAUAAUAUUUUAAAGACAAAGUGUUAUAUCUAGUGUGAAAUUUCUAUACGCAACAGUGGUUUAUAACUGCGUUUUUAAAUUAAUAGUUAUGACCUGUGACAAAGAGCUGCUAAUGUCUAUAGAUUUAUUAAUAUUUCACUACGUCAGCUGUAACACGACCUCGUUUUGUUCACGUGAACACAUCAUGAGUAUAUAUAGUUGUAACUGUGGGUAAUUAGGCUGUGAAUGAGACUAUAUUGCAGGACAAUACUGCAGUAUAGACAAUAUAGUAUAGACAUUAGAGUAAAGAAAAUAUAGCCUUCUACUCUACAUAUGUUGUUGGUGGGCUUUGUGAAACCUAUAGGUUGGGAGGCUGAGACAGGUCACAGGAUGUCUCGUAUAUUCUAACAUUCUAAAACAUGCAGGUAAACAAGCUUGAUUCCAAACAAAGAUAAAAUGUUUUUUGAUUUGACUGUAAUCUGAUUCCUACUUGACACAUGACAUUUUGCUGUAAGCCAAAUUAAGCUUGUUUCGUGACAAAGGUCUUCCCCUGAACCUUGACCCUUGCAUGCUCUGUUCUUAUAAUCUCAUGCAAGUGCCGUGGCCAAAUGGUCUUUCAACUAAACCUGAAAAUCAGGCCUUCCACCCGAAUUUAAUGAAUGGAAUAUGACCUUCUAAUACUCGGGCUACAUCUGAACCAGGUCAACGCCCUGGUUUGAACCUCUCAGAAACAUAUUUCAUUAGAAGUGAAAGGGGGGGUAUAAAGUCGUGAGGUCUUUGGUAGUCGUACCAUGUUUAAAUUAAACUCCUUUUUUCUGCCAAGCGAAGAGAAUUAAGUGGAAAAACAAGUUUCUGCAACAUGAUUGGUUAGCGAGAAUAUUCGCCGCGAUAAAGUUAGCCCAACCCUUAAAAUCGCCAGCUACGCAGGCUACGAUGAAGUGGAUAGAUAAUUUAGUCUAUAGAAAUACAAAGGGGCUUAAAACACAUCGGAUAUUUGCCACUUUAGUCGCACAAUGCAAAAAGCAUUGCCGCAGAGUAUUUUCAUUCGGUACACAACAACGACGUGUACGGUAUCUUUGAAUAUAAAAACAACCUUCUAUUUCAUCGUUUCGAUUCAUCGUCGAACAAAAGACAUUGUCUUGAACCUACUUGUGUUCCACUACGUCAAAGUUUGUUUUUUAUUUACACUGAACCUUCUAAGGUUUCAAAUAUGGAUUAAUUUGACUGACUCAAUUUUAAAAAGAUCAAAUAUUAAUAUAAAGAUACGAACGAAGUGCGUCAUAUUCCAUAGGCAUAGGACAUAGGCACAGUCACACGAAAACAAUUAAAUGUAAAGACUAUUUUCUCUCGUAUAUACUGUAUAAUACUCAUCACAUGAGUCAUAUGAAGAUACAUUUGAACGGUUUUGACUUUAAAUUUUGUUCAACAAUGCAUGUCAAAGUUACUUUUGAUUGAACUGCGCCCUGAUUUGAACCAUUCGUUUCCGCCAUUCCUGUAUGGCUGUAAACACCGAACAUCGAGGGUAAACAUCGAGGGUGCAGGGAACGCGCUGGCCAAUCACAAUCGCCACUCUCUCGUCUAGGAAAAACACUGGGCGGGAAUUAUAUACAAUAACUCAUUUUCUACAAGGGAUUGUAAGAUUUGAUGGAAUAAAAUACGAUACAAUAUAAGUACGUCUUUACACAGUUUAAUUUGAUCAAAUAAAAAAUAAGCAAAUUCAUCAUUGAUCAUAUUAAAUCAAUUAAUUGCACGUGAAAAUGAAUGCAUGCAAAGACCGAAGUUCCUGAACGCUGAUGAAAUACUGAACGCCAAUGGCAAUGAAAUUUUGGCUCGAGUAUAAUUAAUACAAAAGUGGUCAAGAAGGAGAAAGUUCUGUGACGUAUUACGUCAUUUUAAGUACGCUCUAUGCUUUGACAUUGUCGCCGUUAGGAAAUCCACUUAUAACUUGAUCCUUCAUAUCAUGAUUGUGUUGACUGAGAUUCUCUCGCUAAUAGCUCUGCUUGUUUUGCAACCUCGCAAGCCAGGGUUUUUAUCACGCUUGAGGCGAGGUUGCUUGUUUUGUUUCCUCAUGCCGGUGAUUUUAAUUAGGUCUCAAACUCGGUGUUUACUUUAAGCCUAUAGCCGUAUAGGUUAUAAAGUUUAAUUAAAAAGGUUCGCGCAAUAUUUGUCCUACUUUUUCAAUUUGCGAACACGUGCUUUGCUUGAAAAGUAACGGAUAAGUUUCGAGUGGCAAGAAAAUCAAUAAUGCUCAUUCCCUCUCUCCUCUGCAGAGGCUUCAGUUGGCUAUGAUUACGAUUAGUACUGAGAUACAUUUCACUACACUUUACAUGGCAGAUAUUGGAACAUGAGUGGAGUCCUUCGCCCAGCGGCUCCGCUCUACCUCCAUCUCAAUACUAAUCAUAAUCGUAGCCCACUAAAGCCUCUGCGGAGGAGAGAGGCUCAUUCCUGCUCCACCAUGACUGUCAGGCAUUGUCUGUGAAUAUUUGCGUGUGUUUUUGAAGCCUUUUUUUCACAUUACCAUUGCCGCUUCUCAUAGCCAUGCAUAGCCAUAGGCAUAAAUCGAGAGCGAAGUAACUAAUUUCAGAACAUACUUUGGAAAACGCCGUCAUUAUUCAAGCUCUCCUCCAACCUGUCUUAAGUCCCGUUUACACUGGGCUCAAUUUUUGGUACGGCACGGAUAAAACAGAAAACUGGUACCCGUACCAAAUAUAUCCGUGCUCGCCCUUCGCAAAUGGGUAUAAUCCGAGCACGGAUAACCAAAAUUGAGCGUAGUGUAAACGGGCCUUUACUCUUUAGUUCUGGGUCGACACAGACUGAUAUAAAUGUAAUGUGCGUUGAAAUGGAGAUUUAAUUAAUAUUGCAUGCUUUAAUAUAUAACCUUUUUUCAAUAGUUUCAGAGAUCGUAUGAUUCCGGCCAGCAAGAAACUGUGCGGUUGAACAUUAGAUCAGUCAGGAGAAAGUCCAAUGAAAGCUGCAUUAGUCACUUGUAUAUCAGUAAUGAGUAAUGACAACAGUGUUUAUAGUAAAAAAGAUUCAUUUGAUUCUUGAAGUCGAUGGCAUGUGUUUUCGAUUCAUAAAGUCCUAGACACAAGUAGUAUUUUAUAAAUUUUUGUACGAACUGUUUAUAUUUAUUGUAUAAAAUGACUAUAUUAUUAUUAACUUGUAAAUAGGAUUUAUAAUAUAUGGGGGGUUGGAGUAUUUUAAUGCAUAUAUAAUGUAUAAUGAAUGAUCACUGUAAGUCUGUAGAUCGAUAUGUAAAUAGAAAGUAUUUAAUUUGUGAAGUGUAUAACAAUAAUAUAAAAUUUCUAUUAAAAACACCGUUUUCUC